GAAAAAAGGGUCUGUGAGUUCUUUUUUUUCCUUUUGUUUAAUCUGUUAAACCUUUGUUGCCCAAAUGGGGUUUUCAAUUUGAAUGCACUGUUUCUCUCUCUCCUCUUCUCCCUGACACAAGCACUUGCUGCUGCUUUUGUUGCUUCUUUUUGCGGUUUCCAUAAUCAAGAACUCUGAUUCCAGCUUCUGAUAAGGGAAAUUUUCUUUUUAAAUCUUCAAGAACAAGAAUAAAGAAAAAGAGAACUUGAUGCAUUAUUGAUACUGGAUUGGCCUACUUUUGUUGCUCCUGUAUUCUAUUGAUACUGGAUUGACCUACUUUUGUUGCUUCUGUAUUCUUUCUCAAGCUCUUUACCUAACUUGUUUUGAUCUCAUUGGGUGAUCCAAUCUCCAUUUUCUUAAAACAAGGAAUUCCCAGUUUGGUUUCUGCCUUCAUGGUCACAAUGACUCCGGCAGCGGCUACAAUGUCUGUUUCUCACGAAGCAUCAAACUAUGAUGAGAUUGCUAUGCAGCAGAGCUUGCUUUUCUCUGAUAGCCUUAAGGACUUGAAGAAUCUCAGAACACAGUUGUAUUCGGCAGCCGAGUAUUUCGAGUUAUCGUACACCAAUGAUGAUCAAAAACAGAUAGUAAUAGAAACACUGAAAGAUUAUGCCAUCAAAGCUCUUGUUAAUACCGUGGACCAUUUAGGUUCUGUUACAUAUAAGGUUAAUGAUCUGUUGGACGUAAAGGUUGAUGAAGUCUCAGGAACCGAGCUCCGGGUAUCUUGCAUUGAACAGAGAUUACGGACGUGUCAAGAGUAUAUCGAUCACGAGGGCCGUUCCCAACAGUCACUGGUGAUAAAUACUCCAAAGUAUCACAAGCGAUAUAUUUUACCAGUUGGAGAAACAAUUAAUGGCACCAAUGGCCAAAAAUCAAAAUAUAUAGGAUGCAGCCUAGAUGACGAAGAUGACUGGUAUCAGUUUAGGAAUGCUGUUCGAGCCACGAUUAAAGAAACUCCGACUCAACCUAUUGGAAAAGGGCGCUCUCCAUCACCUUCCCCGAGACCGCCUCCACAGCGAUCUGCAACUUUUUCAUUCACUUCUACCGUGCCGAAAAAGGAACUAGAGAAGAGAUCGGUAUCUCCACAUCGAUUUCCACUUCUACGAUCUGGGUCUGUCGUUAGCAGGCCAACAACUCCAAAUAAGAGUAGGCCAACGACACCAAGUUCAUCUGCAGCAAGACGGCAGUAUCCUUCAGAGCCAAGAAAAUCCUCCUCAAUGCGACUCCAACCUGGAAAGGACAACAAAGAGAUUGAACAAUAUCCGAGCAAAAGUAAGCGACUUCUCAAAGCAUUACUUAGCAGGCGUAAGUCGAAGAAGGAUGAGAUGUUAUAUACAUAUUUGGAUGAGUAUUGAGGGAAAUAUAAUAUAUGAUAAAAGGAUGAGUUAAGAAAAAGGAGCUUUAAGACAUUGGGAAUGACAGAAAUAUGAAGCCAAGCAAAGGGUGAAAGGUAGCCUCCUCUUCUAGUUUAUUGUUUGAUAUAUAAUUUUUUUUUUCUUUCUAUUUUCUUUGAUUUGGGCUUUUGAACUUCUUUCAUAUUCCAAACAGAAGUAUCAAUGUAUCACGCUCUGCAAUUAUAUUCCAUUCUCAGAGCAAUAUAUUAUUAUACACCCAUAUAUGUAAGUGAUGAUAUAAUGCUGAUAUUGGCAUAAUAUGGGAAAGGUCCAGAGACUUUGUUGUCAUUGUAAGUUUUAUUGAUUCAUUCAACUUCCUUAGCUUCAUUUUGAAGCUGAUAUGAA